AUGUCGCAUCCAUCAUCAGGUUACGCCAACUCAGGCUCAGCGCCAGACAACAUGGGCUCUCCCGACUCUCCCAGCUCAGAAAUGCAAUCUGAUGCUGAAGACGAGGAGGACUGGGAAGACUACAAGCCGGGGGGCUACCAUCCAGUCAAAAUUGGCGAUUCUUUCUCCGACAAACGAUAUGUUGUCGUUAGGAAACUCGGAUGGGGACAUUUCUCUACUGUGUGGCUUUCGUGGGACUCCAAAUUAAACCGACACGUCGCGCUCAAAGUAGUCAAAUCUGCUGCCCGAUACACGGAAACAGCGCUCGAUGAAAUCAAAUUGCUCCAGCGCCUCAUAACAUCGAGCAGUCCUACUGGCGCACAGAAUCAUCCAGGCCGCUCCCAUGUCAUCUCGUUUCUUGACCAUUUUCGACACACUGGCCCCAAUGGUACCCACGUUUGUAUGGUCUUCGAAGUCCUCGGGGAAAACCUCCUGGGACUCAUAAAGAGGCACCAAAACAAGGGCGUCCCGAUGCCAAUGGUCAAGCAGAUUGCAAAGCAAGUGUUGCUGGGCCUGGAUUACAUGCAUCGAUAUUGUGGAGUUAUUCACACUGACAUCAAACCUGAAAAUGUGCUCAUCUACAUUGACGAUGUCGAAUCCAUAAUUCAAUCAGAACUUGCUGCUGCUGCGGCAGUCUCUCCCUCCGACUCCUCCCCUUCCCCUACUCAACCGAAACCCAAGAUUAUCGGAGUACCGCCUUCACAAGGCCGUGGUGGAAACCAAACACCACGAACACAGUCGGCGAUCUUCGUGUCACAACCAUUACCAUCUCCCAAGAGCAGUACCAGUCUCAAUUCUAGCUAUGUCGCUGCCUCCGCCGGCAGUCUCGACCGUUGGGGUCUGGGUAUGACGCGCAUUGACGGCGACAAGCCGACAAGCCCGGGUGGGUCCUCAUCUAACGCAAAUUCCGAGCUGGACUUGGUUUCCCUGUCAAUAUCUCCCAAGCAACAAGCACCACCACCUCACAACGGUGGGCCUUCCUUGCUGGGCAGCACUCGACCUACUGCAAUACCCGUUCCGCAGUCACCAAUGGACGUAGAUCCGGAAACGGACGAACGGUAUAAUAAUGGAAUACCAGAGCGGAUAACGGUCAAGAUUGCAGACCUCGGCAAUGCCACCUGGACACAUCACCAUUUCACGGAUGACAUCCAGACAAGGCAAUACCGCUCACCAGAGGUGAUUGUUGGGGCUAAGUGGGGGACUAGUGCGGAUAUCUGGAGUGUUGCUUGUGUGAUUUUUGAGCUGAUAACUGGUGGGGAUUAUCUUUUCGAUCCAGCCAAAGGCUCGCGAUACACCAAAGACGACGAUCACAUGGCGCAAAUCAUGGAGCUUGUCGGUGAGGUACCGAAAUCCAUCUCGGUCGGCGGCAAGUAUUCUUCUGAAUUCUUCAAUCGCCGUGGAGAGCUGCGACAUAUUUCUAAACUGCGAUUCUGGCCUUUAGACCUGGUGUUGCAUGACAAGUACCUGUUUCCAAAGCCCGAGGCCGACGCGCUAGGUGGAUUUUUGACGCCAAUGCUGAGAAUGCACCCAGACAAGCGGGCGAGAGCGGGGGAGCUGGUCCAUCACGCGUGGCUAGAGGGAGUCGUGGUUCAGGGAGAGAUUGAUGUUAUACGGCGGGCUGAGCGGGAAGAGGCUUCAGAGGGGACAGGAAAGGGCAAGGUCGCCGAAGAAGAGUUUGCGGUCGAAAGCGCCGUCGCUGCCAUGCGCCCGGAAGCACGUGCUCAAGAGACCAAGGAGGAGAAGAUGAAGCGGACCCAGAGCGAGGCUGAUGCACUCAAACCAGUGGAUGACCCUACCACGCGAUAG